AUGUCUGCAGGACCCAUUCCUGAAAUCUCUGCUAGCGGUCCUCCUCACCCCGAAUUGUAUUUUCUCGCAGGUAGUUCAAUUGACGGCACAGGCGCAGCUAGCCUGGGAAAGCCAGAUCUCCUGGUGAGUCCGGCCAUGGAUCACGCAAGCUCAAACGAUGAUGGGCUCGCCACAAACACGAACCACUCGCGCAUGCACAAUCGUAAUCGCUCCAGUGUCGAUGGAACCAAAUACAAGGAUGGACAAUGGUCGCCUGAAAAUGAGAGAAUUGUCAUGGGGCCGUACGACUAUAUGCUACAGCACCCCGGCAAGGACAUACGGCGGCAGCUUAUCAACGCCUUCAAUAUGUGGUUGAAGGUACCUCCGGAGAGCCUUUCAAUCAUCACAAAGGUGGUGGCCAUGCUUCAUACUGCAUCGUUACUGAUCGAUGAUGUCGAAGAUAACUCCAUUUUGCGACGAGGUAUCCCAGUAGCCCAUAAUAUAUACGGCACCGCGCAGACCAUCAACUCUGCGAAUUAUGUAUAUUUCCUCGCUCUGCAAGAGGUGCAGAAGUUGAACAACCCCGCUGCGAUCGACAUCUACGUCCAAGAGUUAUUGAACCUACACCGCGGUCAAGGAAUGGAUCUCUUCUGGCGAGACACUUUGACUUGCCCCAGCGAGGACGAAUAUCUGGAGAUGGUCGGUAACAAAACUGGUGGUUUGUUCCGACUUGCAGUGAAAUUAAUGCAGGCCGAAAGUAGCUCCGGCAAGGACUGCGUGAGCCUCGUCAACGUCAUGGGGCUGAUUUUCCAAAUCUGCGACGACUACCUCAACCUGUCCAACACUACCUACACCAAGAAUAAAGGUCUUUGUGAAGACCUCACGGAGGGAAAGUUCUCCUUUCCCAUCAUCCACAGUAUCCGCUCCAACCCCGGAAACCAUCAGCUCCUCAGCAUUCUCAAGCAAAAGACGAAAGAUGAAGAAGUCAAGUUGUAUGCAGUCAGUUACAUGGAAAGCACUGGCAGUUUCGCGCACACGCGGGACGUGGUCCGAGAAUUGCGAGCCAAAGCACUGACCCUAAUCCAAGCGAUCGAUGGUGAUCAAGCAGAUGGACGUGAGGACGGCGCCAUGGUCCGGGCGAUCCUCAACAAGAUCACCGAAUCGACACUGGGGGAGUGUGGUCCCCAGUAA